AAAAAAUGACGCGUUGUUCUUUCUUUCUGUUUGGAGUGUCACCCAAAAUUAAAGUGAGAUUUUUUUUCAUGAUGAAGCAGAACAGAAGAAAAAAAAUGAGAUCUUAUCAGCACUACGACGAAAGCCUUUUACCAACCAAGAUAAAGUUAUCUUUUCAACCAAUAGUAUCAGGGCUGAAUCGAAUCUCUAUUGGAAGUUAGCAAGACAGACAGAUAGCAGCACCAACACCAACACCAACAUUUGAUUUCAUCCUUACAUUCCUUUGUUAAAAAGUUAUAGAUAGAUAUCCUCAUUCAUUUCAUUUCAUUCAUUCAUUCAUUAUGUCACUUGAUCCAGAAACUCGUAGGAAACUUUUAUUAUUACAAAAGACAGGCGAAAAUAAGAAAUGUGCUGAUUGCUCAGCUCCUAAUCCUCAAUGGGCUUCUCCAAAGUUUGGGAUUUUCAUUUGUUUGGAAUGUGCUGGGAUUCAUAGAGGUUUAGGUGUUCAUAUUUCAUUUGUAAGAUCAAUUACAAUGGAUCAAUUUAAACCUGAAGAAACUUUAAGAAUGGAAAAAGGGGGUAAUCAAAAGAUUAAAGAAUAUUUCAUUAAAAAUGGUGUUGAUAUAACUUUACCUGCUAAAUUAAAAUAUGAUAAUUAUGUUGCUGAAGAUUAUAAAGAAUUAUUAACGGCUGAAAUUGAAGGUAAAGAAUUUAUUGCAAAAGAUCAUACUGGAAAGACUUUACCAACAGCUGCAUCAAUCCUUUCCAAUCAAUCAUCUCAUAACAAUUCAACUUCAAAUAUAAAUCAAGAUCCAAUUCAAUCUCGUAGAAAUACUCCAACUUUAUCCAAUGAUCGAUUAAAAAAUGAAGCUUAUUUCGCUGAUUUAGGGAAUAAAAAUGAAACAAGAUCAGAAAAUUUACCUCCAUCUCAAGGAGGGAAAUAUACCGGAUUUGGUAAUACUCCAGCUCCAACUACUGCCAAUGGUAAUUCUUCAUUAAGUGGAUUUACUUUAGAUAAAUUACAAACUGAUCCAUUAGGAACUUUUACUAAAGGUUGGGGAUUAUUUUCUUCAUCAGUUGCCAAAUCAGUUAAUGAAGUUAAUGAAAGUGUAAUUAAACCAGGUAUUUCUCAAUUACAACAAAGUGAAUUUGGUAAUGAAGCCAAAAGAGCCAUGGCUCAAUUUGGCCAAAAAAUGCAAGAAACUGGUAAAUAUGGUCAAGAAACGUUUACUACAUUCACUGGUGAUGUUCAAGAUAAAGGUCUUAAUAAAACUUUAGAUCAAAAUUUUGGAAAAUUAUUUGGAAAUUUAAAUAUUGUUGGAUCAUCUCAACAAGAUGAAGUUCCAUCUGCAUUUGGCCUUUCAAGACCUCAAGAAAAGACUAGUUUAGGUGGUUUCAGUGGUGGAUCUACUGCUACUGCUGCUUCUAAAAAGCAUGAUGAGGAAGAAGAUAAAUGGGAUGACUUUUAGAUUGCUGAGUCUGAUUCUCUUGUAUAGUUACUUUUAAUCUUUGUUUUUUUUUACUUUGUUUCUUUUACUUUUUAUGUUUGUUAUAUUUAAAUAUUUUUGGUUUUGAUGCA